AUGCACAACACCGAAUACCGAAAGUACAAUGUGGAUGACUUUGACCCUGCUCAAUUUUAUGAUCAUCAUGACAAUGUCGACGGCUGCGGUCCAGACGAAGAAAAAGUUCGUCAACUUCUAGAAGCGAAUCAACUCCAAGACGCCCUUAAAGCAUCCCUACUAUCCCCUCCAUUAGGACAUCAGGAACAGAACCUCAAAGACAACUCGACUCUUCUUGUCGCCCAUGUCCUCCACUACUCCUUCAAAUCCUCGGAUCUUGUUUCAAUCCAAGAAAUAAUCGAUAAUCAACUAUCGAUUGAUGAAGUGGACAUCCUCAUGAAAUAUAUCUACAAGGCGAUGCAACUGUCUUCUGAAUCAUCCACAUGUCAAUCUUUGCUGACGUGGCAUUCUAUAUUGGUGGCAAAGUUUGGACACGGAGCAAUUGUUAGAGUUUUGGCUGGAAGACAGCGUCUUUGA